AUGGAAAUCCUUUUACCUGAUAAGUUUCUCGCUUUCACGUCAACUAAACGUGAAAGUUGCUUGUAUGACGUUGUCGAUCUCUUACAUUGUUCUUUUACUUCAUUUAUUAUAAUGAUUUUUGCACUUUUCGUGGGUACAAAGCAACAAUUUGGACAACCGAUACAGUGUAUGCUUCCAGCCCAUCUUGAUCGAAAAUCUUGGAAUGCUUAUACUCAGCACUUCUGUCUGAUUGAAGGAACUUACCGUUUAACUUACAAUAAGACAAUACCAAACGUUAACGAUCGGAUGAAACCUCAAACUAAUGCUAGAAUAAAUUAUUACCAGUGGAUACCGCUUUUUCUGGCAAUGCAAGCAUUAUGCUUUCAAAUUCCUGCUUGGUUAUGGACAAUAUUACAAAAACAGAGAUCUUUUGAUAUGGAGGCAGCAGUUAAAGAAGCCGUAUUUUUGAAAAGAGAAUUAAAAUUGGAGAACCGAACAAGAAAGUUAAAGGAUUUAGUUCAAUAUAUAGCUUCUGAUUUGAAAUUGAAGAUAAGCAUAGCUAUGCAUAAAAAGAAAUGGCAUUACUGUUAUUUGGGCAAAGUUAAUGGCUUGUCCGUGGUACUUUAUUUGAUCUCGAAACUUACAGCGAUCAUAAAUAAUGCUUUGCAAUUAUAUAUUAUUGGUCGAUUUAUUGGCUUCGAAAGUCUCUUCUGGGCACUCACUGUAAAUUUUGGUUGUACUUAUCAUUUAGAUGAAGUUAACUUGUCACAUGAACCAAUCGCUGCUGGAAAAAGGUAUUUUGGAAUGACAGAAGCAUCGCAUUACUUUCCAGUUGUAACAUUCUGUGAUUUAGAACGAAGAACAGUGAAUGAAAAUGAAAGGAGCACAUUGCAGUGUGUAUUAAUGCUCAAUUUUAUAAUUGAAAAGAUUUUUUUCAUGCUUUGGUACUGGCUAUUAAUGAAUGGUAAACUGAAUGAGAAGGAUUACAUGUUACUGAAGGACAAGAAGUGUUUGGAUGUCUAUAUUAAUAAAUUCCUUGGCUUAGAUGGUGCAUUCUUGUUACGCUUUGUUGACAAGAAGGCAGGAAGUAUUAUAGCAAGUGAUAUUGCCGUUGGUUUAUGGCACUCUUUCGCUGAAAACUACUUCGACUCUAAGGGCUCCAAAUCUGCUGCAGACAUUGAAAUACACGAUUAUAAAAGUUCAUGUUCACCUUUAGUUUCUCUUUCGCGUCCUCCAAGCAGUUCUGUUUUUUGA